AAUACAAUAAAAAUAACUGGCAGUCCCUAUUUCAAACAAUAAUACGCAAUUGUUAGAUUUUUUAACUGUUUACUUCAAGGUUCAUAUCUUCUUCACGGGACAACUCACGUUCUCUAAAAUCUUUUCAAUCAUGUUGCCGCCAAGAUGACGCUUUUAUCACAUAUCUCGAGAAGACAACCUCGAUUGGGUCUCUGUUACUUGAGAGUUCAUGGUGUUCGAUAUUCAAGUAUCUCAACUCCACCUACACAUCCAACUAUACAUUCACCGUCUGAACCCAUCGUACGAGAUAGUUUCACUCGCAUUUCCAAGUUCUGGAUACCUACUGGAGGAAUCACCCCAACCGAGAAUGAGGAUGCUCAUGCCAAGUUAAUCCGGGCUGGCUAUCUUCGUCAGUCGCAUGCAGGAAUAUUCCACAUGUUGCCUCUCGGUCAGAGAGUGCAGGAGAAGUUAGAAAAUUUCAUAGACAAGCAUAUGUCACAGCUUGGUGCGUCCAAGGUGUCUCUCUCGUCCAUAUCAUCUCAAGCCCUAUGGCAACAAACGAAUCGAUUGGAAGGUUACGGCCCAGAACUAUUUCGGUUCACUGAUAGGAAGGAUGUUCCCUUGCUACUCGCACCGACCCACGAAGAAGAGAUAACCACUCUUGUAGCAAAGACAACCAAGUCCUACAAAAGUUUUCCUUUAAGACUGUAUCAAAUUGGCCGUAAAUAUCGUGACGAGAUUCGCCCUCGCCAGGGAGUCUUACGAUCUAGAGAGUUUAUUAUGAAAGACCUCUACACCUUUGACUACUCCCUUUCAUCGGCACUCACCACUUACGAGCAGGUGCGAGCUGCCUACCAUCGACUCUUUACGGAGCUUAAGUUGCCGUUCUUGGUCGCAGAGGCUAGCUCCGGCGAUAUUGGGGGCGACCUCAGUCACGAGUACCAUCUCGCAACCCCAAUUGGGGAAGAUAAUAUAAUCAGCUGUAACAGUUGUGAUUACGUUGCUAACGAAGAGCUUGCUUCUUCGCGGCUCAGACCUGCGGAGGGCGUCUCAAGUCCUAGUAUUUGGCGCGGCGUCUCUAAAGAUAGGUCAACUCUUAUCAAUGUUUGGUACCCUGAUUCCUUCUCAGAUGAUGACAUAAACACAUAUGCUAUCAAGUCAGUUUUGCCUGAAUUGGAUUCAAGUCUGAAUGACUCGACACCAUUUUGGUCUUCUAUUGCUCCGGGAUCAGACGGCGCCCCUGAAUCUAGGCCUCAACGAUUAGUAAACAUUAUUGAUUACAGGCUUGGUUCUGUCCACCAAGACACAAGUCCUGAUGCUUUACUACCUGAGGACUCAAACCUGGACCUGUCUACUCUUACUACUGAAUACAUAACAUCAUCUGCAGACGGGUCCCCUCUCAACAUUAUUCGAAUUCGCGAAGGCGACAACUGCCCUCGUUGUCAUGCCGGGAAACUCAAGUUCCAGAAAGCGAUCGAAUUAGGCCAUACCUUCCACCUCGGUACACGAUACUCAGCUCCCUUGGAAGCGCAAGUCAGUGUACCAUCAAACUUGCUUGAAGACAAUGGCGCAGCUUCUACUAGCGCGGGGGAGUUGACGACUGUGACGAUGCAAAUGGGAUGCCAUGGUAUAGGAAUGUCCCGCAUUAUUGGAGCAGUCGCAGAUCACCUAGCAGACGAAAAGGGGCUCAACUGGCCACGUGCCAUCGCACCCUUCGAAGUGGUCGUGGUCCCAGGCAAAAAGGACGAGAAAGACGGUGUUAUGGUAUCCGAGUUCCUUGCUAACUCACAGGCCGCUCGCCCCCUAGACGUUUUGCUUGAUGAUCGCUCGGAGUCCUUGCCGUGGAAGAUGCGAGAUGCCGACCUGAUCGGAUACCCUAUCAUCGUGAUUCUCGGAAAGGGAUGGCAUUCAGACCGACUAUGCGAAGUCCAAUGCAGGAGACUGGCCAGCAUCUCCCACGUCUUGCUUGAAGAUCUCCCCAUACACAUCAAUAGGCUUCUUUUUCAGCUUUGAAAACACACCACAUGUGAUGAUGCGUACCUCCCUAGGCUUUGGGAUUCCUGCAUACAAUGGUGGGAGAUGAGAUUCAUGUACAUUAACACCAUUAAAAAAAAGCCUACGUAUAUGUUGGUGGACGUGAAUUCCACGACUGGGCGAAUAUGUACAUACCUAACCUAGACACCUCCUUUCACUGAAAAUUCUCUCAUGAUAAUGAUGAACAUAAUCACAUUCGU